AUGUCUAGGUGUCGCAACGACGUGGACGCGAUUGCCACAUGGGAUAUUGCCAAAGAUUCCAGUGUGCGGCGUGGGAUGAAGGCGCUGUUUGAAGAAAAGCUGGACACGGGGGUCCUUGAAGACUACCAGCUGAAGCGAACCAGCUGGAGCGAACCAGCUGGAGCGAACCAGUUGGAGCGAACCAGUUGGAGCGAACACAUCUGGUGGGUAUGCAUACGAAUGUGGAUCUGA